GAUGCUGUAUCACCUGACCAGGGCUCUGGAGAGGCAAUGGCGACGCCCAUCCUGCGCUGGUGCUGUCCUGGAAGGCGUUGGGUUUUCGCCGGGAUUGGCGGCGUUUCUCGCCACGGAAGAGGGGUUCCAACUGGGUCCACGUCCAGCGGGAAGAGGGGACAGAGCUCAGUGGCUCAGCAGCCCCUCAUCAUGGCCCAGAAACCGAGGAAAGGUGAACGUGAAUGGGCAGCUGUGGUAGGUUUGGAGAUUCAUGCCCAGAUUGCCUCCAACUCCAAACUCUUCUCUGGAUCUCAAGUCGACUUUGCAGCACCUCCCAAUUCUUUGGUAUCAUUUUUUGAUGCAUCUCUGCCUGGAACUUUGCCGGUCCUCAACAGGCGGUGUGUGGAAGCAGCCGUGAUGACCGGCCUGGCCCUGGACUGCCACAUCAACAGGAGGUCCUUGUUUGACCGGAAGCACUACUUCUACGCAGACCUCCCUGCCGGCUACCAGAUUACCCAGCAGAGGCUGCCGAUCGCCGUGAAUGGGAGCUUGGCGUACAGCGUCUGUGUGGGGAAGAGGUGGAGUCAGAUGGUCACCAGGACAGCGGGGGUCAAGCAGAUCCAGCUGGAACAGGACAGCGGCAAAAGCCUCCAUGACAGCCUGCGGUCCCAGACGCUCAUUGAUUUGAAUAGAGUGGGGGUCGGCCUUCUGGAAGUGGUCCUGGAGCCUGACAUGUCCUGUGGAGAAGAGGCGGCUGCAGCCGUCAGGGAGCUACAGCUGAUUCUUCAGGCCCUGGGGACCAGCCAGGCGAACAUGGCAGAGGGCCAGUUGAGAGUGGAUGCCAACAUAUCUGUGCAUAACCCUGGGGAGCCUUUGGGCAUUCGAACCGAAGUAAAGAAUCUCAAUAGUGCCAGGUUUUUGGCCAAAGCUAUAGACUAUGAAAUUCAGAGGCAAAUCAAUGAACUCGAGAAUGGAGGUAAAAUCCUGAAUGAAACUCGCUCGUUCGAUUACAAGCUGGGGUGCACCGUGCCGAUGAGAGACAAAGAAGGAAAACAAGACUACAGGUUAAUGCCGGAGCCCAACCUGCCCCCGCUGCUGCUCUACGACUCGGGGUCCCUGCCCCCUGGCACAGACCCGCAGCAGGUGAUCAACAUCGACCAGCUCCGGGAGCAGCUUCCCGAGCUGCCCCGCGUGACCCGGGAGAAGCUCGUGCAACAGUAUGGGAUGCUGCCGGAGCACAGCUUUGCCUUGCUGAAUGAAGUUGGCCUACUGGAGUUCUUCCAAAAUGUGAUAAAAGAAACUAGGGCAGAGCCAAAAAAAGUGACUAGUUGGGUCCUCAACACUUUUCUGGGCUUUUUAAAGCAACAGAACCUUGCCGUCAGUGAGAGUCCUGUCACACCCUCUGCCCUGGCUGAGCUGCUUGACCUGCUGGACAGGAAAGCCAUCUCUUCAUCCGCAGCUAAACAGGUGUUUCAGGAACUGUGGAGGAGUAAGGGCAAGACCCCAGCACAGAUCGUUGCAGAAAAGCAGCUUGAACUGAUGCAGGAUGCAGAGGCGCUGGAGCAGCUCUGCCGCUCCACGCUGGAGGCACAUCCUCAAGUGGUCACGGAUGUAAAGAAGGGAAACCCCAGGGCCAUAAACAAACUGAUCGGGUUGGUCCGAAGAGCGACUCUCGGCCGAGCAGAUCCGACGGUGAUAAAGGAGGUGCUGGAGAGGCAGCUGUCGUCGUGACGGGUUCGGGUCCCCCUGCCACGGCCGGGCUGGAGCCUGUGCGCUGACGUCCUAGGCCCCAGCCAGACGCCCCGCCUGACCUGCGCCUUGAGGUGCAACCUCCACGCAGACCAGGCCUGGCGCCGUUGCUUCAUCGACAUCACACGCUUCCGGGGGAGGUGCAGCAGUGGUGAGAAACAGCACGUCCUAGUGCGCAGUGACGCCGAGCUCAGUGCCACAUGCUGUUUCGGAUACUGUCACCACCCUAGGAAAACGUUUCAUCCCGCAGGUCCCUCAACAAAUAUUUUUAAGCACGUGCUAAGGGCCGGGCGUUGUUCCAGGUGCUGGGGAUUAGCAAUGAUGAAGAGAGGCCGUGAUCUGGAUGCAGUAUUUUGUUUGCGGCGCUCUCAUUAGUCUGAGUACCAGGAAUGUAUUCCCCCAUCCACUGAGUAAAAGUGAUGUUGCCCAUUCAAUGCCCACGGAUCCCAGAAGGCAGAGGUCUGAAAAUAAAUGAUUUAUUUAUUUUUUUGGUAAAAAAAGACAACAGAAGUUUUCAAAUAAAUUUAAUGAAUAAAAUUUAUGCUGAAACAUCACAUAAAAAAUUAACUUACACGUCGAAGAUUGUGCAGUGGACAAACCCCCCUUCCCACCCUCAGACCGAAAAGUUUUAAAAGGCGAAAAAAAAGCUGUAACAUUAAACUGAUUUGUUUUGCCUGGAAAGAAUAAGAUGGUAAGCUAGUAAAUCAAAAUCUUGACCUUUAAUGGUAACUGUGGUACAGUUAACAGUAGUCCAUGGAGGCUGCGUUGCCCUCACCCCUGUUCUCGUGGCAAUAAUACUAUUUCUCUGUCGCACUGGGGCACCCCUUUGUUCACUGCACGCCUUUGUUACCUCUGACUCACAACACUAAAGACCAGUUUUGCAAGUGCUGUUUUUUAAAAGCACAUGUCAAAUAAACUGUGACAUAAAAGAAAAUCAUUGGAGGCCCUGAUUUUACACUGAAUUCUCUCUUGUACUAAGAAGAGCACAAACACUUCCGUCAUGAACGGUGCUCCAGUGGUAGCUGGGGACCCGGAGAAGAGUCACCAACUUAGCAGCUCGUGGUUCCUGGUUGCAGACGAUCGCUCAGGACUUCCCUAACUAGGAGUAAAGAGAGGACUGCCCCUCUUCCCAGCCAGAAAAGCAGGGACCAGUCAUCUGGCUUAUUUCAGACAAGCAUGAAGAGGUAAGGUUUUUGAAAAAACUAACUUUUUAAGAAAUGAGUGACUUAGAAGUGUUAAGAGAAUACGGUACGUUACAUCACCCAGGAAGCCGCGUGCCCCUCGCGCAUCCCGUUGCAGUACUGAAAACUCCUGGGCCUGACGGUAAAACAUUUUCAUCAAACCUCUUUUCGAGAGAGAAAGGCAGAGCCAGUUCCCACCCCCCACCCC